AUCCUCAAUUAAUGGACCUGAUUGCCUCACGAGUUGGAAAUCGAGCUCUUGUGGUGACAUUUGGAUGAAUUGGGUUCUGUGAUCGCAGCAACUGGACGGACAUCGGCUACGACCAUGGCCGCCCGGCCCAGAUUUGGUGAAGUUCGCUCCCCCUCCCAUGAUACCCUCCGCAGCGGGGCGCCCUCCCCGCGCAUUGAGCAUUACGAUGGUGAAAUUCCUCCCGCGCUCUCCCCGCUCGAUGCCUUUGCCGCCCAAGGCCGCCUUCUAGCCCGCCAGUUGGAGGAAUCCGCUCGUAGGAACCGUCGCAUGAGCCGAUGGCCUCCCUCCAGCGUGGCACGCUCCCUUUCGCAGCCACGACCGGGCUAUUUUCGCUCGGCUUCUACUAGCGAUGCUCGCGGGGGAAGGCGCAAUGAAUUGUCGAGACAGCCAACGCAGAAGAUGAACCCCGAGGUGGAGGAGCCUAAGUUUCGCCCACAGUCCGAACAUCCGCGGCUCAGCGCCAUCUCACACCUGUCAAGUGAAGUACCAGAUGAAACGGAGGCGCAGGAAGAACAACACGAGAUGCCGGAGGAAACAGAAGAUGACGAUGCCACCUCGAGGAAGGAAUCGACUGCUGAUGUGUUUGACUUGCCCCGCUCCAAUUCUCCGGACAAUAUCAGUGCAUACAGUGCCCCCGAAGGACCCCGUCGCUUCUAUUCCGUUGCCCCCUCCUGUGCUCCUUCGGAGAGCCGCACGCCUCCGGCAGGGGUGGUUGUGAUGCCCCCAUCCCGAACCUCGUCUACCGACUCAGCUUCUCAUUUAAACAUUCCGUCGCGUGGAUUGGCCCUGUCAGCCUCUCCUCUCUCGCGGCCAUCGAGUGGUUCCCGAGGUGGCCAAUUUGAGAGCUCGGAUGAUGAUUAUAGCAGCUCGACUGCCGGCUCGACGUUCUCGAAGCCACGAAAAAUGUCCUCCAGCAGUGCGAUGUCUAUGCCUUACUCGCCCAUGUCCAAUGUUCAAAUUCGGUCUCAUCCUCGAUCUCCAUCCAUAAGCUCGGAAACCUCAAACUACGGGGGUCUGUCUCGCCCGUCGUAUAAUUUCUCUCGGCCGUUGAGUCGGUCUGGCACGAGUCUUUCGGCUCCCGGACCGGUGUGCUCAUCGGAUGGCAUACAGAGCACCAUUAACCGCGGACACAAGCCCAGCCCCAUCAGGGUGCCGUCUCCAUCCGAUUUGGCGUUACAUCCGCAUGAGGAUCCCUCAUCAGCUGUGUCGUCUUACAUUCAUACAAAGUAUGCUUUACCUCGAGGACGCGCCGUCUGCCGUGAUUCGGUUGUCUUCUCAGGCCUGCAGACUCCGCACUUUGAAUGGCAAGAACCGCUGUUCGAGAGUCCCGAUCGCCAGGCCCCUGCUGAGUCCUCUCGAUCUCGUCGUACUCCGUCCCCAUCGCCAUCAGGCAAAGAGUCAGUGGUUUCCAAGUCGUGCUCUAUGCAGGAAUCACCCAGCUCGUCUCGGAGGCUUUUGACCCCUGAGCCGCCGCUACCGCAGGCAACUUCUCUUGCGCCCAGCGAUCGUACAAAACCUCCAAGGCGGACAUCCACCGAGUCUGCUACGGCAGAAAUCAUACCAUCGGAGCCACCAGUGAGCGAACCUGCACCACCCGCGCAGUUGGAAUCCGAAACAGCCAGGAAUGACAAUGCCAACGAUACUACUUCUUCUGCUGGCUCUGAGUCCACUAUUCGCCCGCAGACAGCCAGGACGCAGACUACAUCAGCGCCCAUCACAGUGGAUGAGCACGUAACCAAGGGUAUCGAAUGCCACGAGAAAGGAUCCCUCAAUGAAUCUACGUACCACCUUCGCAUAGCGGCCAAGCAGAAUCAUCCUACGGGGAUGUUGCUCUAUGCGUUAGCCUGCCGCCAUGGCUGGGGAAUGCGGCCGAAUCAGCAAGAAGGUGUACGGUGGUUGCGCAAGGCUGUCGACUCCGUCGGAUUAGAGCUUAUGGAUGACUCCAAUCCGUCGAUACCUGUUCGCAUGAGAGAACUUCAGAAGGCUUACCGAGCCCAAUUCGCCCUCAGUAUCUACGAACUUGGCGUGAGUCAUCUGAACGGGUGGGGUAUCGAACAGGACAAGUCUUUGGCCUUACGCUGUUUCGAGAUUGCGGGUCAAUGGGGCGACGGUGAUGCGCUCGCGGAGGCCGGGUUCUGUUACGCAGAAGGCAUUGGCUGUAAGAAGGACCUGAAGAGGGCUGCGAAAUUCUAUCGCCAAGCGGAGGCAAAGGGAAUCAACAUGGUUGGGAAUAGCUGGAUUUACAAGGACAAGUAUAUGUCGGACGACAACCCGAGCAUCAAUUCGCGCGGUCGUGGCCGCAGUCAACGAUCUGGUACAACACCCGACAAGAAAAAUCGCAGCAAGUCCCGCACUCGCAGUCUCUUCCACCGGAAGAAAUCAGUUGCUACUGAGGCCUGAAAUCUGUGCUGCCUUCUUUCGAGAUCAAAGCGUUCACUAGCAACUGAAAAAAAGCCGUGUCCUACCUCAAGGUGUCGGUAGUAUCAUUGCACAUGUUUGGUUUGUGACAUUCACGUUUGUCACCUUAUCU